AUGCACGUUUUCAACAUUAGUAAGUUCAUAUUACGCUAUUCUUUUGAUGUUUAGGUAAUAGCUUUUAAAAUAACAGCGGUUAUAACAGUAAAGUAAGUAAUUUCUAGGUGACAAACUACAAGUAAUGGUGGUUGAUUUGAACGGAUUGGUACGCUGGAGAGGAAACGAUGUUGUUAUAGAUCUUAAAUCAAUAGUAAAUGACUUUAAACAAGAUUGCACGAUUGAGCUUGUGGCUUCAGAUGCUUUUCCUUUAGUAUCAUCGGCUGACAAUGAUCCAGUAGCAUACUUGGGGACGUGGUAAGUUAUUAUUAUUAUUGCUUUAUUUUUGUAUAAAACGUACCAAUGUGUAGAAAUAGAAUACUUUUUUUGUAAAUCAUUUCAGCUGGGUUGUGUAUGAUAACUUAUUUGCUCCACAUUCAUUUUUUGCCGCCUUAUUUCAAGUGAACAAAGAUUACCAAGUCAGUCAAUGGAUGAGGAUUAGUUUGUUUGAAGCGCCCACUUUUACAAAAUUCAUUACCCCAAAUCCAAACGCGACUGACAAUGUGUACUGGACGAUUUUCAGUCAUGCCAAAGGAGCAGAUUUGUUUGAAAUCAAUAAGAACAUAAAGGUACGUAUCUUUCUUGAAUACUUAGUUUAAGGAUUUCAAAGCGAUAUUGAACAUUACUGUAAUAUUUUCCUUAAACAGAACGUUCGCUUCUAAUGAAGUUACACUUAAAUUUUGCCAACGUAACCUAAAAUGUUGUGGGAAAGCUUUGAAGCCUCACAAAGUAAUUUUAGAUUCCCUUCAACAAAAGAAUAGCUGGUCCGAAGAGUGUAGUUGAGAACUUCCCUACUUUGGACGUUUCUGAUCUGCCCGGCUCUGUCUUACGAUGUGACACUUGGGUAAAUACCUCUGGUCGAGUAUUCAUUGCCGGAUUUGAUACGGGAUAUGUGAUAGCAGCAAUUUCAUCAAUAACUCCAAACAAAGUUCUGGAUAGGUAAGCGUAUGCUUUAUGAUAACUUUGUUUUUUCAGAAAAACCCUCAAAUUCAGUGGCCCAAUAUGCAUCCUCAAAGCUAUUCGACAAAACACUCCGACUGAGCCCGCAAUGAUAUUGGUAUCAUCUACUAUUGGUCCAGUAACCAUUUGGGCUUUAUGUAUUGACGUAAGUUAGUCUUGUCUUCAGCAUAGUCUUGCAGAGAUGGCAAGACUUUUGUCUUUCCUUACUAAUAACUUUCGUUUAGAAGAACAAAAUAUACUGGGAAUUGAGAUGUCAGUUAUCGGAAUCUGAAGUCUAUGAUGCUGUUGUAACAGCGGCCAUUACGAAACAGUUCAUAUUGAUUGGAACAUACGGGGAAGUAAGUAUAUUUUAUAGUAUAAUGAUCGGCCACAUUUUACUUAUGGUGAAAAAUUAUUCUAGUAUUGAAAACUUUCCAAAAAAAUGCAUAGAUUUCAAUGAACAACAUGCACGGUGCACAGUAAAUUACAAACUGAUUCUUACUUUGGGCAAACUAGUACGAUUUGUUUAAAAGAAUACGAGAAAACCCAUUAUAAUCCAAAAACUUUCAGCAACUGCUAAUUUAUUCAUUGGAGGACGCACUACGUUAUACCGAAUUGUCCCCUUUGGCAACUCUCAAUGUCGCUUCACCCAUCUUGUCUAUAGUUCCUGUAGAACACGACAAUGCGUUAUUUGUACUCUCAUCUAAAGGAUUUCAUCAGUAUUUCCAAUUAGAUAGCGCACAACAACCAAUGGGCAACAUGGAAGAAGGCCUAUCCUCAACAUUCGAAUCCUCACCCAAAAGCUCACAACUCUUAAAACCUUCAACUUCUUAA